AUGGCCGAUGCAAACAAUCUGCUGGCACUGUUGCAGCGCCCGCUGGAACCAACCUUCCUGCCGAAGGAUGACGGCAAGACGGUGAUCGACCUGCCGGAUGAGUUCCUCACCGAUCGGUACCGGCCGAUUGGGGCGGACCUGCAGUCCCGGUUCUCGAACGAUGCGGAACAGCGCAUCCCGGUGCGACAGGUGACGACGCCGGACCUGUCGUUCGCGAACGGCAUCGAUCGGCGCGGUGCGUUCUCGCUGUUUGUGCCGAAGCAUCGUGAUGCGGCCGCUGCGCUGAUCAAUCUGUUCAUCCAGCAAGCGGAUGUAGCGACGCUGAUGAGCGUGGCUACGUACUGCCGUGAUCGGCUGAACCCGGUGCUGUUCCAGUACAGUUUGGCCGUGGCGGUGCAGCACCGUGAGGACACGAAGAACGUCAACAUCCCGUCGAUCGUGUCACUCUUCCCGGACCAGUUUGUGGAUCCGGCCGUCUUCCCCAAGCUGCGCGAGGAAGGUGCCGUCGUACAGCAGGAGAAUCGGAUGGUGAUUGACAUUCCACCAAAUUAUACCGCCUCCGACCGGGAAGAUGAGCAGCGUUUGGCGUACUUCCGCGAGGAUAUUGGUGUCAACAUGCACCAUUGGCAUUGGCAUCUGGUGUACCCGGGUGACGGCCCGGACGCCGUUGUCCGCAAGGAUCGCCGUGGGGAACUGUUCUUCUACAUGCACAGCCAGCUGAUCGCUCGGUACAACAUGGAUCGCUUCUGUGCCAAGCUGAAGAAGGUGCGCCACCUCACCAACUUCCGCGAGCCGAUCGUCGAGGGGUACUUCCCGAAGAUGAUCCGCAGCUCGAACAACCGGGCCUACCCGGCACGGGCGGCGAACAUCUCGCUGCAGGAUAUUGACCGCAUCGACAACGGCACGAUCGUAUCGGUGAACGAUCUCGAGCGUUGGCGCGAUCGCAUCCACGAGGCGAUCGAUCAGGGCUUCGUGCUGGAUGCCGCCGGUAACCGCAUCCAGCUGGACGAGGUGAAGGGCAUUGACGUGCUCGGCGAUGUGGUGGAAGCGUCGAGCCUCACGCCCAACCGUCAGCUGUACGGUAGCCUGCACAACAUGGGCCACAAUGUGAUCUCGUACAUCCACGACCCGGACUACCGGUACCUGGAGGAUUACGGUGUGAUGGGCGACGUGACGACGGCCAUGCGUGAUCCAAUCUUCUACCGCUGGCACGGUAUGAUCGACGGUAUCUUCCGCCGGCACAAGGAUCUCCUGACGCCCUACACCGCCCAGCAGCUGGGCAAUCCGGGUGUCACCGUGAGCUCGGUCGGUGUCCAGCUGACCCGGCCCAACACACCCGCCAACGUACUGCUGACGUUCUGGCAGCGGUCCCAGGUCGAUCUCGCCGCCGGGCUGGACUUUGGUCCGCAGGGCAACGUGUUUGCAUCGUUCACCCAUCUCCAGCACGCACCGUUCUCGUUCCGCGUCGAGGUUAACAACGAAUCGGGCGCGGCCCGAAAGGGUACGCUGCGUAUCUGGAUCGCACCGAAGGUGGACGAGCGCGGUACGGCGCUUAGCUUCCGCGAGCAGCGUCAGUACUUCGUCGAGAUGGACACCUCCACCGUGACGUUGAACCCGGGCAUGAACACGAUCGUGCGCCGUUCGGACCAAUCGAGCGUUACCAUCCCGUACGAGCGAACGUUCCGUGCCAUCGGUACGAAAUCGACCCCGACCAACGACGACGAUCUGGCCCAGUUCCGCUUCUGUGGUUGCGGCUGGCCACAGCACAUGCUCGUCCCGAAGGGUUCGCCCGAGGGCGUACAGUUCGAUCUGUUCGCCAUGGUUUCCGACUUUGAGCAGGAUUCCGUCGAACAGGAGCUCGACCCUAACGCACCGUGUAACGAUGCUCACUCGUUCUGUGGACUGCGGGACAAGAAGUACCCGGAUCGUCGCUCGAUGGGGUAUCCGUUCGAUCGCCGCACGGCGGAAACCGUGCGCACGCUCCAGGACUUUAUCACGCCGAACGCAAACAUGAAGUCGGCCACGGUGCAGGUGAAGUUUAACAACACCGUCAUCGCGCGCACUUAA